AAACCGUAUUCCCUCGCUACUGGCGAAGUUGGAGUUUUAGGGUUUCAAAUUCCAUAAUUUUUAGGUCUUUUCGUCCCGUUUGGGCGUCUCUAUUCCAAAAUACUUUCGGGAGGGAAAACUCCGAACGGAAAAUCAAAUUCCCGAGGCCCUCUUGCAUCUCGAUUCAUCCAAUCCAAUCGAUCCAGUUCGAAGCAGAGCUCCGGCAGUUUCUGAAGUCGACAUAUUUAUCUUCUAAGUCAUGAACACCACUUUGCAUAGAACUCCCAACUCGGGGAGGCAGUCAAUGUUCUACCAAGAUUUAGCAUCUCCUGUUACCUCGCGAAAAGGGAAAUUUUCAACUCCAGGCCAGGCGGCUGCUGUAUCUGCUUUAUGGCGGGAGAAUUUUGGAAACUCAGAUCUUCCUCCUCCACCAGUUUUUACCUUGGAAGACCGCUCAGAUUUCUCUCCUGAGUCUGGCAUUCCUGAUUAUCCUCUUUCCCCAGAAAUUAAAUCAGACCCAAGGACCCCAAUCCAAAGUCACGACUUCUCUUCACCGAUGAAAAACAAGUCAAAUGCCAGCACUUCGUAUACACCAACUAGUGGACAACAAAGCCGGCAGGGAUCAGCUGGAUUUAGUUGGUGGUCAACAUCAAAAGGUGGUGGCAGUGAGCAAGAAGAUAAAGGAAAAAGUUCCCCAGUCGAAGGUGYGGUUCAGCCUGGUGCUUUAAUCAUUCUUCCAACCCCAAGGGAAGUUGCCAGACCAGAAGUGCAGAGAAAUUGCUUCCCUGCUGGAAAACUCAACGAGGAAGAAUGGGUUACUGUCUAUGGAUUCUCCCCUGCUGAUACAAAUCUAGUUUUGAGGGAAUUCGAAAAAUGCGGUGAGAUCUUGAAACACGUUCCUGGUCCAAGAGAUGCUAAUUGGAUGCACAUUCUUUAUCAGAACCGAUCUGAUGCCCACAAAGCUCUCAACAAAAAUGGCGUUCAAAUUAACGGGGUGCUAAUUGUUGGUGUGAAACCAGUGGACCCGAUGCACCGGCAGGCACUCGACGAAAAGAUAAAUAAUCCAGGAUUCAUGGUUAUCCCUCCGGUGCCUUCUAGAACCACAGAACUCCUUGCAACGAGAGGGCCUGUGCGUACCUACAAUCUCCAAAAUGGUAACAGUAAUGCACGGCAGUCGGGAGGUACCAUUGCUUCGCCAUCGAAAUCGUUGGUGUCUAAGGUCAUGGAUUUGAUGUUUGGAGUCUAGGUUAGCUCCUCUCGGCUUAUCAAUUUUUGUGUGGUAAGAAAUUCGUAAACAUAUGAGAGCUUACACAUUGAUUCGGCACAACGUGUUAGAUUGUUGAAAACUGAGUACACUGUUCACAGUCCUCCAUCUUGAUCAACUUGUGAUUGUUUAUCCUGAUUCUUACUGUUAAAAAAAUGAGACAGAAGGAAAUGAAGAUUGAUGCUUAUGAUGCUGGAA